AUGACUGACUUAAAGCAAACCCCGUCUCUUCUUGAGACCUCACUCCCCAUCAUAUCAGACAGGAUUGACUACCCCAAAUGGUUCGGCGGGUCGGCAUCAAGUAUGGCAGUGAUCGUAUCACAUCCGUUAGAUUUGAGUACGACCUUCGCCCCAUUUAAGAUCGUUCUAUUGACCAUCAUAGUCAAGGUCCGUAUGCAGAUGAGCGGCGGAGGCAGACAAGGGACUGCCAAGACGGCUAUACGGAUUGUUCAAAGUGAAGGGCUGUCGGGGCUAUACGGUGGAUUAUCUGCAGGUCUUAUGAGACAAUUAACGUAUGGGUCUGUUCGCAUUGGACUAUAUGAAUCCGUCAAGGACCUAUGCAAUGAAAACAACGUCCAAUUAAGUCCACCACUAUUAGCGAUCGUUGCUGCAUCAACUGGGUUUGUGGGCGCCAUAUUCGGCACACCGUCUGACAUCGCCAACAUACGAAUGCAGAACGAUCGAUCUCUGCCAGUCGCAACGCGAAGAAACUAUAGCCACGUUCUGGAUGCAUGGAUACAAAUGAAGCGACAAGAAGGUUGGGGUGCAUUCACCCAAGGGAUAUGGCCAAAUUGCGCUCGCUGUGCACUAAUGACCAGUUCGCAGUUAGCUUCCUAUGAUGUUUUCAAGGGAGUGCUGAUGAGAAUGAGCGGAUCUGAAGGAGAACAUUCCGCUCUGCACCUGUCUGCAUCUUUACUAGCCAGUUUGGUUGCCACUACUCUGUGCAGCCCUAUGGAUGUGAUUAAAACCCAGUUGAUGGGAUGCCCGUUCCAGAGAUCGACAUUCUCGGUAAUUAGGGAACUGACUGCUGCCGAAGGGGUCAGAUGGAUCUUUCGUGGAUGGAUGCCGAGUUUCGUGCGGUUGGGCCCUCAGACGAUGGCUACGUUGGUUCUCCUGGAGCAGCAUAAGAGGAUGUAUCGUGCGAUAAAAGGUGUCAUUUCAGAGCCAUGCAGUAACUAG